GUGACCCGCCUUGCCCGCGAUGACCGCCCGCAUCCUCGUCCUGACGAUGCUCCUCGCCAUCUCUGCCCAAGGGGACCCGGACUCCGCGGGCAGGCGGCCCCGGCAGCAGCAGCAGGUCGCCCAGCACCGCGGGCGCCUAUGUUCCCUGGGCACGUGCCAGACGCACCGCCUGCCGGAGAUGAUAUACUGGCUCCGCUGCCUCCACCAAGGAGCCCUCGGGGAAGGCCAGCCGCAAGCCCCAGGACCCCCACGGCUACGGGCGCCGGCGGCGGCGCGAGGCGAAAGCCCUGCUCCAUCUCCAGGGCCACCGCCUGCGGCAAGGGGUGCAGCGGAGCGCCCGGAUCGCUGGGUGACCUCGGGCAUGUCCUUGCCUGGCUUCAGUUUGCCCAUCUGUGUACUGGAGUUACUACCCCAGUUCCCCCUAACUCCACCCUCUGAGACUGUCCUCCUCACCCCCUCCCCUGCCUGUGACUGGGCUGGGCCCAGGGGCACACGGACCCAGCCUGGACGAAGAAUACUGGCGCCCCGAGGCGAAUAAAACAAGAGUUGUGCGUUUCAGUCUCUGCCUGUCUGACCGUUUCAGCCUCUCAAUCUGGGCCAGUCUCUAACACUCUCCCUCUCCUUUAUCCACGCUCCUUCUCCCUCGCGGAAGUCCCUCCGACUGUCUAACUUGCCGCUGAGCGCCCCCGUCGCGCCAGCUCAAUCCGCGCGCCUUCCGCGGGUGGGUCCGGUGGGCGGCGGGGCCCAGAGCACCGUCCCUCCCUCCCCAGCGAGAAGGGACUACUGAGAUUCGCUCCUGCACCCUCCGCGUGACGUUGCGCUGCACCCAGAGGUGGGCUGUCAGUCCAAGCAGCCUCGCCCUCGCAGGGAAGGGAGAGCGAGAGACAGAGCGGAGUGGGGAGCCCAAGAACGCAGGGUGCAGGCCGGCUGCGCGGAAUGCGGGAGGCUCAAUGGUGGAGGCUCGGGACGG